UCGUAAAUAAUCCGUGCAAAAGCUGGGUUAUUUGAAUUUGCGCUACCUGUGAAAUUUCACUCUGUACGAUAGUGAUUCACCAGCUGCAGUAGAACACUAUAGUUGAUUUCAAUGCGCUGUUUCUUACUUCUUAUAUAAUUCCACAAUUUUUUAAAGUCAACACAGUCGAAAUUCUUCCAUCCUGUGAUUUAAAAGAAACGAGAUAAAGUUACUACUAGCGCGUCUGGUGGAAUCACAUAAGUGUGCGGCGUAAAAUGAAAACCAAUUUCGUGGUAAUUUUCGGAGCGGCUCUGUUUCUGGUGCUGUCAACAAUAUUGCCUGUGCUGACAGCCAGUGUUCCUCAAAAUGGACGUGAACGUCGGGAAAUAUCAAGCAUACUGUCGGAUUUGGCCAGCCAGUUUUUUAGUCGCGGUGGACAACGAGGAGUGGACGAACUGAGCAGCAGUAAUGAUCAAUCUGGAGUAUUACAGCGAUAUCUUGGCUCGGCGAUAGCGGGAAUGGUUUUCGGCAAUGGAAACGACUUGGUCAGUCAGAUUUUAGGUUCAUGGGGCGGCAGUUCAUCUUCUUCCUCUUCCUCGGGAGGCUACCGACCAAGCGCUAGCGGUGGCUCCCGUUCCUCAGGUUCAGCUAGUAGCGGCGGCUACUCAAAUUCCAACUCCCGUACUGGCGUCUCCGUUGUGGAUUCCCAUCCAGAUCGGCCGCGACGUCCCAGUUCAAGUGGUUCAACUGGAUCCGGGUCCGGAACCGAUGACACUAAUACCGGAAGACGAAGGCCCAGCGGAACGGGGAAUCGUGGUUCGGAUUUCGAUCCGCUGCCUGGAAGUAACUCCAAGACUGGUGUUUCAGUUAUUAAUUCUCGGCCUGGAGAUCGUCGACCUUCCAGCUCUAGUUCGGGUGCAAGUUCCUCGGCCGGCAGCCGCAACCCAGAUGUUGCCGAUUAUGAUGUGGAUGCUGGUAGCGACGGAUCGCGCCAAGAUGGAAAUGCCGGUCGAUCCCGAAAUACUGACACCGAACGAACCGGAAGCGGCCGAGGUUAUGGACGGUAUAGCGGAAACAGACGUGAUGAUUCGAAUUAGGGCAGUUUUAAGUUUGAUUUAUGGUUUGGUACUGAUGGACGAAUGCGUAGUAUUUCGAAUACGAAUUUUGAGCAAAUUUACGCACUAACUAUAAUCUUCUGUGUACUAUUAAUGCUGAUGUUACAUGAUACAUGUUUCCUUUUGCAGUUAAAGGUCAGAAAAGUAUAGUUGCCUGCACAUGAGCACAGCUGCUAUAUAUGGACGGAAUUUAAUUUAUAUGUGGUCGAACUGAAAUUAAUUUUUUUGUGGCGUGAUUGCAAUUAGUAUCGCAAAAACCGACCUUUUACGAAGGAGAACAGAGUUUGAGAGCAGUUUUUACGGAGCUUUAAGUCUUUGCCAGUUUAAUUAAUAAUGUUACGGUUAACCUGAGCAAACGAAAAGAGUAAUUUUGUGCAGGUAUCGUAUAAAAAAUUAAUAGAAAACCGGUUACAGUUAAAGAAAUUUCGAUUUAUUUGCACGUGUAUAGCAUAAGAGCUUCAAAAUUUGCGAUAAUAUCGGUAAGUUGAUAGCAGACGCCACAGCCGAUUUCACCAGCAGAUAAUCGGGGAAGGAGGUAAUCUCGAUUCCGUUAAUACUUAUUAAGCAGUAGGCGCCGCAAAGUUUUGAGGAAAUCUCGAAAUCAGCACCGGUGCUCGAAAUGCUGCACUCUGCCAAAGAAGGCAAAAUUCAAAUGGAGCAGUACUCUGUAGCACAGGGGUGCGAUAUUCACGGAAAAUUAUUCCUUCAGAGCAUACUUCCUUCGACCCAGCGCUUGACGCAUUUGCAAAAUUUAGCCUGCGAGCACGGCUGCUAUAAUUAAUUGUAAGCAACCACAUCAGCUUCAACAUGAAGGGUUACAUCAGAACCGGACUGUACAGCAUCGUAGUGUUAUCAGUAUUACUCUCGCAAAGUGGAUGCAAUGCGCGAAAUCCUUAUCUUCCUUCCGGUUUAUAUGGGUCACUCCAAGAAAACGGACUUCCUGGCAAAGAGUGCCCUUCGUGCGAUGUGCAUAAGCGGCUUCCACGGCAAACAUCAGGUGGCUCCGGAAGUAUGUUCAGUUCGAUAGGAGAGCUUGCCGGGGAAUUCAUUCGACGAGGUAACUAAAAUCAGUGGGGACUGCAGGCCGUGCUCGCAAUGGCCGAAAGCAACAAUAAAAUGGAGACUCUAACCCGCAUCCUUGGAGCGCACAUCACGAACAACCUGAGCCAAAGCAUGAUAACGAAACUGAUCAAUCGCUUCAGCGGUAACAAAGGUUCGUCAGGAGGAUCCGGAGGGUACGCUCCAGCGCCGGCGUCCAGCGGUGGCAACGGAGGCUUCGGUGGAAAAACAAGCAGUUCCAGUGGAACCGGUUAUGUGCCCACUCCAGGGAAGACACCGGGAGCAGCAAACCCAGAUGAUACCGAAUACUAGAACUGUCACGAACGAAGCCUUCUGUGCAAAUGCAGUUAAUUACUGAGUGCAGAGAGUGCACUAAUGCGUAGCGCACUAUUGUUCUGAUAGAAUAAGUUAUACAGAGCAUUAAUCUGAUUUGUUGUAUGUACGACACGCUUUUGUUUUUUGUGAGUACACUGCAAUGAUAAAGAGAAUCACGAUUG